UUGCUUCUCCUGAUGGAAACCAGUGAGUUGUCAAGUCCUUUAAAAAAGUGGGUUUAAGAUGGAGAUAAAAAGACAGCCCAUCAACAACAACAUGUGCCCUUUCUUUAUUUUUAGUUUAAACUUUAAAGGUGCCUUGGAACACCUAAUAUUCUUCAUUAAGAAAGCACCUUCGAUUUUCUCAAGACACCUUCAUCUUUCUUCAUUACUACCAUCAGGUCUUUACUUGUCUUGUUAUGUCAGAAUGGCAAGUGAUGGACCAAGCUGGGCUGACCAAUGGGGGACUGGGGGAAUCGGUGCAAUGGAAGAUGAGGACAGCGCCAAUGCCAAAAAAGAGAGCGGUGUAAACAAGAAGGGAGAAGGCAAAGCUGGUUUAACAAAAGCUAAGGCUGCAGCACUGGCAGGAGCCCAGAAGAUCAAAAGUGGCACAUCCAACGGCUUCAAAUGGAUCAAGAAUCAGUGCCAGAAAAAAAGCACCUCCUCCAAAUAAACUAGGAAUGUUUUUUAAAUUGGGUUUGUGCUCCUUUUCUCAAAUAGACAACGUUGUUAUGAUUUUGUGUGUAACUAAAUUGAAUGACAAUCUCCCAAUUGUUUGUAAAAGCUUGUGUAUGAGUUUUAUUGUUUGUUGUUUUUUAAAAGAUCAGCCUAUUCAAGUAGUGCAAACACAAAACUGCUGUCAUGGACUUAUUAACAAAGUGGUAAUGUAUCUGAUCUUUUUGUAAUUUUCACCACCAUAAUGAAAGAGGCUUAAUAUGCA